GGCCGCUCUGCCAACCUGCGCGUGGGCGAGUGGGUGGUGGCGCUGGGCAGCCCGCUGCACCUGCAGAACAGCGUCACCGCCGGCAUCGUCAGCUGCGUGGACCGCAAGGCUGUGGAGUUGGGCCUGGCGGGAGCCCGCACCGACUACAUCCAAACAGACGCCGCCAUCAACAAGGGCAACUCAGGCGGCCCGCUUGUCAACCUGUACGGCGAGGUGGUGGGCAUCUCAGCCAUGAAGGCGGUGGCGGCAGACGGCGUGUCGUUUGCUAUCCCAGUGGACACGGCGGUGGAUGUGAUGCGGCAGCUGAAGGACCACGGCCGCGUGAUACGCCCCUACGUGGGCAUCAAGAUGCUGCAGCUGAACAGGCACAGCGCUGCGCAGUUCCGCAAGCGCGACCCCAGCUUCCCCUCUGUGGAGGCCGGCAUCCUGGUGCCGGGGGUGCACCCAGGCAGCCCUGCGGAGCGAGCGGGCUUGCGCUCGGGAGACUGCAUCAUAGGUGGGACUGGGGUGCCUGGCUGA